GGCUACUUUGCUGGUGCACCAAAAAUUCAGGCAAACCUGGGUAGUGGGCAACGCUAGCUGCUGGAAACCUGGUUACAUCACCGGCUCACUUUUGCUCCGGCAUCAUCGGUUUCCUCUCUCCGCACACAACAACCACAGCGCACCACCAGUAUGUCGCUACGAUACUGCUCAAGGCAGCUCGUCAAGAGCGUGCCUCAAGGAGGAGCCUCGCGUAUUAUUGCGCCGCAAUUUGCCUUCCAAAAGCGCCAAUUGGCCACUCACACACCUCCCGUCACCCAAGAUGCUACCAGCUCCAAAGGCCCUACCGCUAUGGUGUUUCUCAACAUGGGUGGUCCAUCCACCACCGACGAGGUUGGAAGCUUCCUCAGUCGCCUUUUUGCUGAUGGUGACUUGAUUCCGCUCGGUCGUCUCCAAUCGUACCUCGGGCCCCUCAUUUCGAAACGACGAACCCCCAAGAUUCAAAAGCAAUACGCCGAAAUUGGCGGUGGUUCACCCAUUAGAAAAUGGUCUGAACACCAGGCUGCCGAAAUGUGCAAGAUUCUCGAUAAGACCUCCCCCGAAACAGCACCACACAAGCCAUACGUCGCAUUUCGAUACGCCGAUCCUUUGACCGAAGAAAUGUACAACAAGCUCUUCGAAGAUGGUUUCGGCCAAGGACGAGGUGGCAGAGCAGUCGCAUUCACGCAAUAUCCACAGUACUCUUGUUCCACCACUGGAAGCAGCAUGAACGAGCUGUGGAAGUGGAGAAACCGCCUCGAGGGCAAGGACGACAAGGGCCCUAUUACAUGGAGUGUCAUUGACCGAUGGCCCGUUCAUGCUGGCUUGGUCGAAGCCUUUGCGCAGAAUAUCGAAGCAAAACUUGCUGAGUACCCUGAAGAGCGCCGCAAGGACGUCGUCUUGCUCUUCUCCGCCCACAGCUUGCCCAUGUCUGUGGUCAACCGAGGUGAUCCUUACCCUGCCGAAGUUGCUGCUACCGUCUAUGCUGUCAUGAACAGACUCAAGUUUAGCAACCCGUAUCGCCUCUGCUGGCAGUCGCAGGUCGGCCCGUCGGCUUGGCUCGGUCCUCAGACCUCUGACACCGUUGAGGGAUAUAUCGCCAAGGGCCAGAAGGACCUUAUCCUAAUUCCCAUUGCAUUUACAUCGGAUCACAUCGAGACUUUGUAUGAGCUUGAUUUGGAGGUCAUUGGUGAAUCUGGCCAUGCCGAUACCAUCAAGCGUGCCGAAAGCCUAAACGGAAGCCGUGUCUUUAUUGAAGCCUUGGCUGAUAUUGCGAAGACUCACUUGCAGAGCAACACUGCCUGCUCUGCUCAAAUGGGUCUCCGAUGCCCUGGCUGCAAGAGCGAGCGUUGCACAGAGUCCAAGAAAUUCUUUGCCAGCCAGCAAGCCAGUCUAUAGAGAUUAGGCCUUGUUUCUGUACAGGCUGCUACCUGCGACCCUUGCUUUAUACUGUGUUACUAUAUAAUAUUGGAGCCAUAUCACUGUUAGGAUGAUAUCUGAAACAAUAGAUAUAAAAUAAUUUGACGCCGCCUUGGUUCCAGAGCUAUUUUAGAUUGCCGUAGUAUGCUACCCUAUAUCAAUAUGUUUUACUCUUCAAAGACCUUCCACUCAUCUCUCAGGUAUCAGAUUGUUGGUUCUAUGCUUUCUGUACCUGGUGAAUUGA